GACCACAAAUACACAAAUAUACUCCGUUUAAUGUCACGUGCUCUUAGGUUUUAUUCCAGCAUUAUCUCGGGAGAGUUCGGUGUUUUUGCUGCGUCAUUACAAAUAGAAAAUCGCGUCUCGCCUCGGUCAGCACACCGGCUUCCGUAGCGCUCGGCUGCUGUGGUCACGUCAGACAGAAACGCAGCGUUAAACUCUGAAGUCUGUCAACUGGAAGCUUCAAAAGCAGAACCAUGAGUCGGAGCUACAACGAUGAGCUGCAGUUUCUGGAUAAAAUCACCAGUAACUGCUGGAGGAUUAAGAAAGGCUUCGUUCCCAACAUGCAGGUUGAAGGAAACUUCUACGUGAACGAUUCUCUGGAGAAGCUCAUGUUUGAGGAGCUUCGUAACGCCUGUCGAGGAGGAGGUGUGGGAGGAUUCCUUCCGGCCAUGAAGCAGAUCGGGAACGUGGCGGCGCUGCCAGGAAUCGUACACAAGUCCAUCGGCCUCCCUGACGUCCACUCUGGAUACGGAUUCGCCAUCGGAAACAUGGCCGCCUUCGACAUGAACGACCCCGACGCUGUGGUGUCUCCAGGUGGCGUUGGUUUCGACAUUAACUGCGGCGUCCGUCUGCUGAGGACGAACCUGGACGAAGGAGACGUCCAGCCAGUGAAGGAGCAGCUCGCUCAGUCGCUGUUCGACCACAUUCCAGUCGGAGUCGGAUCUAAAGGGGUCAUUCCGAUGGGAGCCAAGGACCUGGAGGAGGCCCUGGAGAUGGGGGUGGACUGGUCCCUGAGGGAGGGCUACGCCUGGGCCGAGGACAAGGAGCACUGUGAGGAGUACGGUAGGAUGCUGCAGGCCGACCCCAACAAGGUGUCGUCCAAGGCCAAGAAGAGAGGCCUGCCACAGCUCGGCACUCUGGGAGCAGGAAACCACUACGCUGAGAUCCAGGUGGUGGACGAGAUCUACAACGACUACGCCGCCAAGAAGAUGGGCAUCGACCACAAAGGUCAGGUGUGUGUGAUGAUCCACAGCGGCAGCAGAGGCCUCGGACACCAGGUGGCCACAGACGCUCUGGUUGCCAUGGAGAAGGCCAUGAAGCGCGACAAGAUCACGGUGAAUGAUCGGCAGCUGGCCUGCGCUCGCAUCACCUCCCAGGAGGGCCAGGACUACCUGAAGGGCAUGGCGGCCGCCGGAAACUACGCCUGGGUCAACCGCUCCUCCAUGACCUUCCUCACCAGACAGGCCUUCUCCAAGGUGUUCGGGACGACGCCCGAUGACCUCGACAUGCACGUCAUCUACGACGUGUCUCACAACAUCGCCAAGGUGGAGGAGCACAUGGUGGACGGGAAGCAGAGGACGCUGCUGGUCCACCGCAAGGGCUCCACCAGAGCCUUCCCCCCGCACCACCCGCUGAUCCCCGUGGACUACCAGCUCACAGGGCAGCCGGUUCUGAUCGGAGGGACGAUGGGAACCUGCAGCUACGUUCUGACCGGAACCGAACAAGGCAUGACAGAGACGUUUGGAACCACAUGUCAUGGAGCGGGUCGCGCUCUGUCUCGAGCAAAGUCUCGCAGGAAUCUGGACUUUCAGGACGUUCUGGACAAGCUGGCGGACCAGGGCAUCGCCAUCCGGGUGGCUUCACCCAAGCUGGUGAUGGAGGAGGCUCCUGAAUCGUACAAGAACGUGACGGACGUCGUCAACACGUGUCACGACGCUGGAAUCAGCAAGAAGGCGAUCAAGCUGCGGCCGAUCGCUGUGAUCAAAGGCUGAAGCUGCUGAUCUGCUCAGAGACAGUUUACUGCAGCGACACGAGGACGCUCGCACCAACGCUCACGUUGGUUUGCUUUCUGGACAAAAAAGUGAAUUUAAGUUGAAGAUGGAGAAAUCUGAUUUCUGUUUUUUUGUUUGAUGUGAUCCGAAUAAAGACGGUCACUAAGCUGAGUUCAUGUUUUCAUGGGAGGUGAAUCAUCCUCCUGUGGGAGAAGAUGGAGAACACACAACACAGUGUGUGAACCAGCUUCAUUCACCACAGCUGCUUGUUUCUGGUUUCUCAGCUGCUGUCAGUGAAAAUCUAAACUUCUUGCUGAUGUUUCACAAUAAAAGGAAAGAAUUGUGUCUUUAAA